GUGAUUUUUAAAAACUAUGCCAUUGGUCCCUCCCGUUAGAUUUUCAGUUAAAGUCGCCGUUAGUCUUAGUUAAAAGACUAAAAUACCCAUUAUUAAUAUCAUUCUCUUCUUCUUCUUUACACCCACAUCCCAAACUUAGAAAUGAGCACUAGCCUGAAUGGCAGCUUUAGGCGGAGGAAACUAAUCCCUCGAAAUGCCGCCACCUACACAACCAAGCACUAGCCUGAAUGGUGACCACAGACCAUUACGCCCACCGCAGAGUUCAAACACCCACCACCACCAUCCUUACUACCCAACGUCGUCGUCUUCCAAGUCAGCCUCCUUGAAAGGCUGCUGCUGCUGCUGUUGUCUCUUCCUUCUCUUCUCCUUCCUUGCUCUCCUUGUUCUCGCUAUCUUUCUUAUCAUUAUUCUCACCGUCAAGCCUAAGAAACCUGAGUUCGAUCUCCAACAAGUCGGGGUCCAGUACAUGGGCAUCCCCGCUUCUAAUCUCAAUUCACUUGACCCGACCAUCGGCACAACCACCAUGACCACUGGCGCCACCACCACUUCACUCUCUUUAACUAUCCACAUGCUAUUCACUGCCGUUAAUCCCAACAAGGUAGGGAUCAAGUACAGCGAGUCUAAAUUCACUGUCAUGUAUCAUGGGAUUCCUUUGGGGAAGGCUUCGGUUCCUGGGUUUUAUCAGCAGGCUCAUAGCGAGCGGCAGGUGGAAGCCACCAUCUCCGUUGAUCGCUAUAGCUUGAUCCAGGCCAAUGCUAUUGAUUUAAUCAGGGAUGCUUCACUGAAUGAUAGAGUGGAGCCUCGUGUUCUGGGUGAAGUUGGUGCUAAGAUCCGUGUUGUAGACUUCUCACCUGGAGUCUAGGUCAGCCAUUAGCCAUCCUUCUUCUCUUUUCUAUCUUUCAGCAUCAGCUUUUCUUUUUUACUUCUAAGAUUGGCUUUACCUUGCAUUAAAUAUCCAACAUUGCUCAUUUCUAAUUUUGGCUUAUAAUUCCUCUUCCCUAAGUUAAUUUUGGUUCUAGUUUCUGAAAAAUUGGAUGUGGGUUCUUUUCUAGGCAUGGAUUUUUGCUUGCUAACUAAAUUUUGGCUUCUGGGUUCUUCUCUACGAAUAAGACGUUUGACAUUGCUGCUCUUCUUUUGCUUCCUCUGCUGAUAAUCGGUUCACGUUAAAUACUCUGCCUGAUUCAACCCAGUUCAAACACCACCGUAAGAUUAAAAAUAAAAAGUACCUGCAAGUUAAUAAGCGGAAUAUGCAAAACUCAGAUCUUCAACACCAUA